AUGCCUCAAAUUUUUUGCACAAGUGAUUUGUGCAAAGAAGGCCCUAGCCGUCGAGUAGCGCCUUCCAUCACGCUGCCAGUCACCCUGGAGGACCCUGCCACCAAUUGGAAGGGACCGCCGCCCGGCUCGGAACCCCAGAGUUUCGCUCAAGGGCCAGCCAACUCGUUUUCAGGGCCACCGGCUGGCUUCCAAGGACCCUCGCCUUUCCAAGGCCCACCGGCGGGGGCUGGGUCGCCAGCCGGUGCACCUCCUUACCAGGGGGGUCCUCCACCGGGUUCAACUACACCCCAAUAUACCGCCUCACCAGCUCCAUCGGGUUCUUCGACCCCUGGACCUGGUCCUCCCCCAAACGCGGGUUUCCCACCUCCUAACAGUGCCGGUCCUCCCUAUAAUGGCCCCGGACCGGGCCCUUUUGGCUCCCCGUCGGCGGGGGGGCCACCGUUCGGCCGUCCCGGGUCAUCAGGACCUCCGUUUGUUGGUGGCCCGGGACCGACAGGUAAUCACUUUCAACAUUUCGGUCCCGGUCCUGGAUUCGGUAUGCCACCGGGGUCACCAUUCGGGCCUGGUCCAGGACACCCCAUGUCGGGACCCAUGGAGCCGGCUCAUGGAAUGAUGUCCAGGCAGAUGGGUGGACCUAUUCCUGUUGAACAAGGGUAAGUUUUUGUU